CUUAUUUUUUGUGUUUAUGUACUUAUGUCCAACAAUAUUGUUAUCUCUAGUGACAUUCGUAAUUCAUAUUCAGCAUUUCAACCAACAUUUUUAUUAACUAAUCGGGAGAUAAUUAUUGAUUCGUAAAUUAUUUGUGAUGCUUACGUAAACAUUAGGAUAUAGUAAAAUUAUUAUAAAAAUAAUAAAAAAAGGAUAAAUGGAUAUCAUAAUAAAAGUUAAUAAUCAAUCUAAUGGAAGAGACAAACUUGCAAGACUAUUUCAAUACACAAGCCGCCUUGUUUGGCACCAGCUAGAAUCACGAAAUGCAAACAAAUACUCAAUUGAUAGAAUCAAAAGCUUAGAAAAUGCUUUAAGUUCAUUUAGAAAAGUACUUAGGCUGGGGAGAUGUAUCGAUGUUUGUUACUUGGCAUUAAAUACUAUGAAUAUAGAGGAUCCUUUCUUAAGGAUAUCAUUAACUGUAAGCAAGAUAGCCAAUGCACUGUUCUUAUACGCAGAUCAUGUAGUGUGGCUCACAAAAAGUGGAUUCCUCAAAACAGACACUGAUAACUGGAAUAAGACUGCCAAUAGGUUCUGGUUAUUAUCAAUUAUAGCUAACUUAGCUAGAGAUUUUUAUGAAAUAUUACACAUAUUACAAUUAAAUAAAACUAUGUUAUUAAAACCUUCAGUUCUUCUUAAAGAUUCAACAAAAAAAAUUAAUAUACAAGGGAGUAUGAUACACCUAUAUACUAUUGUAAACUGUCACAAGGAUAUAUUCAUAGAUACUUUAAAAAAUUCUUGUGAUAUUUUCAUUCCAUUGACAGCUUUGGGUUUCACAAAAUUGAGUCCUAGUGCAGUCGGAGCUUUAGGUGCACUAUCUUCAAUGGCGGCAUUAGUAACAAUGAUAAAACCAAUUACAAAAUUAGUUCCAGCAUAAAUGCUUUUUAAAGAAAAGUUUUUUUUUGACAUGUGACUAAAAUUUACUUCUUAAAAAUAAAUACUGUGAUAUUUAAAAAGUAUAUUUUAUCACAUGAGACAUUGCUCAGUAAAAUGUCGCUCUAGGGUCACUGCUCAGCAUUUCUGUUUUUAAUCUUAUUAUUUUAAUCACUUCCCAUGUUUUUGUCCUACCCCAGGCCCUAUAUUGUUUCUUAAAGAGUAAACACUAAUAAUGACUGAAUUGACUGAUGUAAUUGUUAACCAUUUCUUUACUUCCUUUUGUAUAUAGUUAAGAAAGAAGUUAUCUAUAAUGAAUUAAUGAAUGCUUAAGUGACAUUAUUAUUUAUUUAUUUUCAUUCAUUGGGACUUACGAACUUUUGGAAUGGUUUUUAUUGGGGAAUAUUAAUUUACCCAAUAUUUUAAUUUAUACCUAUUGUGAUAAUGUAGAGGGCAAAAAGAUAAAGAGGUUGAUGGCUGUUUUAUCUGUAUUUAAAGUUGUAAUCAUGUAAGUUUAUUGUUUUGUAUAAUUUUUAAUAAAUGUUAUCAGAAAA